AUGGCGAAUACAGACAACGCCAAGCGAGCACUUUCUGUGGACAAAGGCAUUUUCUGUACAAGUAACUGGGCUUUGAAAAUAGACCUGAGCUCUCUGCAGAUCAGUUUUGAGGAGGGACCCCAGCUACCCUCAACAGCAUGUAUCAGUCAAGUUACCUGUACGGAUCAAUCCGAACAGAGCAUGGUUCUUUGUUGUCAGUUGACGGUGGAUGAAAUUCGGUUCCCUGUCUCUGUUACCCAACAGUCUCCAGCUGCCGUUUCCAUGGAAUCCUACCAGGUGACCUUGGCUCCACUUAAAGCCCAGAUGGAGAUUUGUUUGGAAGAAGCAGAGGUUGAGGGUCUGCUGGUCACUUGGUCAUUCAAGAAACCCCCUGCUCUAUCCCUCACAGUCAACUCCAAACUACAGAAAGGGGGGAAUGAGGGGAAAGCAGAUAUUUCCACCAUUCAAGAACUGAUUGAGGAUACAGUCAUCAGCACUAGUCCAGCCAUGCUGGUCAAUCUCAAGGCACACAUAGCAAGCACAACAGUACUUACUGAGAAGUUUGGGAAAGGAUUGGCAUCUCCGUCUAAAGCAGCAUUAAAUGCUGGAUGCAGGCUGCUGGUCAGGGAGCUGAAGGCAAAUGUGAGCAGAGCAGAAGGAGUUGGAAGUGGAGAGCUGUGUUGUGUAUUAGAACUUGACAGUCCUGUACAGCUCAAGAGAACAACGUCAGUGAUGCCCAAGUCUCUAAGUGAAAAUUCAGAACUGAAGUGGAAUGACGAGCUGAUUUUUGAGCUGGGGGCAAGAAGCAAAGAGAUGAAAGUGAAAAUCAUGGAAAAGUUGGAGCACAGUGAGAAUGUGUUAUUAGGGCAGAGUGUGAUCCCACUGGAUUUAUCUCGGAGAUCCCCUUCUGGAUGUCAUAACUUUCCAUUAACAGCCACUCCAGAGAUGUCAAGUACUCCUACUGGAUCAGUGUCACUGGAGUUGAAUUAUUUAGAACCUACAGAUUCUAAGACAAUCCAGUCACUGGUCCCUGCAAGAACGGUCACCCCUACCAAAAAAAUUGAAAUGGACCGAACCGUAAUGCCUGACGGCACCAUAGUGACAACAGUAACGACCAUCCAAUCCCGGCCCAAAAUGGAUGGAAAGAUAGAUUCUCCGACACGAUCACCUUCCAAGGUGGAAGUAACAGAGAAGAAGGCUAUCAAGAUGGAAGAUAGUUCUGUCAACGUGUCUCUGAGUAAUGCAGAUAAUCACCUUGCCAAUGGUUUGGAUCCCGUGGUACAGACAGCAAUUCGGCAGCUGACCGAAUCCGCCAACAAGCCCAGCAAAAAGACACCAACGAAACGCAGCACCCUGAUUAUAUCGGGCAUCUCCAAGGCCCCCAUUGAUCAGGAGGAAAUGGCUCUUUCUGUGGGCUACGCAGCUUCCAUGGAUGCCUCACUGCAGGGGGAGCCAGACUUGGCAGCUCAGCCCCACUGCAGUGCUCAGAACGCGCUCGAAUCUCCAAAAUCCACUGACUCCCAGAACCAGCGGCAGGUGGUCAGCCAGGACCUGGACGAAGCAGCUGUGUCGGAUAUUUCUGAGCGGCCAUCAGUGGAUGAUGUUGAAUCAGAGACCGGGUCAACGGGAGCACUCGAAACAAGGAGCUUGAAGGAUCACAAAGUUGGCUUUCUGCGCAGCAGCACCAAGCUCUUGUUCCGGAGGAGAAGCAAGCAGAAGGAGCCAGGUUUCAGUCACUCGCACGAUGACCUCUCCAACGUGAGCGACAGCUCCGCCUCCACACGGAAAAAAUCCGGCAGCUUCUCGCGGAAGCUCAUCAAGCGUUUCUCGUUCAAGUCCAAGUCCAAAUCCAAGGCCAGUGCCAAUGGCAGCACUGCGGCGAGUGGGAACUGACUGCAUUGGGCUCUGAAGUAGAGGCUUGUGUCAUAAAAUGCCUGGUAGCUGGACUACCUCAGGUAGACAAACAGGCAAAAAGGCACUUGGGCCAAGUGGGGAUUUUUGCAGUAAUUUGUAUCCUGUUUCCUUUUCAGUGACACUUCCCAUGAAAUGACAGGUGUACUGCCGUCUUUCAUCGACCAUUACUUGUAAAAGCCACUGUGCAGUGACAUUCCCCCUUGGUUACAUUACACAGCAUCCGAAGCAUGGAGGAUACCUGAAGCUUUUAACAUCCUGGAGCUGAGGGUGACCUUAAGUCAGGAACUGAGACAGAAGGCGUUUGUCUGGUGACACUAGCUUUGAGUGCAAAUUAUCUCUUACACCCUCUUCACCUUUCCCCAACUUUAUUUAUUGAAAAUCUAUAAUGGCGACCGGUUUUGGCAGCGAAAUGUUUUAGAAGAAAUAGAUUCUAUGAUUCUAUGAAAUCCUGUUUUAUUGUUUUAUUUGGGACAAAUGAAAUAAGUCACUUUGUUGAUUGCUAACUAUCCUUUACUGUUUGCUGAGAUGUAUCAUAUUGUUGUUUUGGAAAUGUAACUGAAAAGAUAAAUGUAAACUCUUUCACUACUCAAA